AUGGGAAUCCUAACUUCCUUUGCCCAGGUGACGCUGGCGCUAUUCUCAACUAUCCUACCUUUCAUCGUGCUCACGGCCGUCCCGGGAGUCGCCGCGGUCUAUCUCUCCUGCCGCCGCCGCACCGAAACACACCACAGCCGCUCUCCGGAAGGAAAAACCACCGAGAAGUCAAAGACGCAGAAGCAGGUGCCCGACGACGGCCCAGACGUGCCCGUCUCCGUGAACUACUUCCCGUCCCGCGAGUGCAACUACGCCUGCGGCUUCUGCUUCCACACCAACACCUCGGGCUACAUCCUGCCCCUGGACGAGGCCAAGCGCGGCCUGCGCCUCCUCCGGGACGCCGGCAUGCGCAAGCUCAACAUCGCCGGCGGCGAGCCCUUCCUGCACCCCAAGUUCCUCGGCGAGCUGCUGCGGUACUGCAAGGAGGUCCUGCACCUCGAGAGCGUCAGCAUCGUCAGCAACGGGAGCAAGAUCCGCGAGAGGUUCCUCCGCGAGCACGGCCGCCACCUCGACAUCCUCGCCAUCUCGUGCGACUCGUUCGUCCGGGAGACGAACCGGGCCAUCGGGCGCGGGGAGAACCAGGGCCGGGGCCAGGCCGACGACGGGGACCACGUGGCGCAGGUGUUCCGCAUCGCCGAGUGGUGCCGCACGUACGACAUCAUGUUCAAGCUCAACACCGUCGUCAACGCGCACAACUGGGACGAGGACAUGGCGGCGCGGAUCGCGGCGCUGGCGCCGUUCCGGUGGAAGGUCUUCCAGUGCCUGAUCGUCGAGGGCGAGAACGAGGACGCCACGCGGGCGCGCGACGCGCGGCGGUUCCUCAUCUCGGAGGCGCAGUGGAGGACGUUCUGCGGCAGGCACGAGCACCUGCCGUGCUACGUGCCCGAGGACAACCGGACCAUGGCCGGCAGCUACCUGUUGCUGGACGAGCGGAUGCGCUUCCUCGACAAGGGCGACGGGCCGAUGCGGAAGAGCGACUCGCUGCUCGAUGUCGGGGUGAAGAAGGCGAUGCGGCAGGUUGCGUGGGACAGGGCGGCGUUUGAUAAGAGGGGUGGCAUUUACGAGUGGCGGAAACCGCAGACUGAGGGCGGCGCUGAAGGGGGUUGUGGUGGUGGUGAUAAGAAGGAGCUGGAGUGGUAG